GUCAGUGAUCUGCCCAGAGUCACCCCGAGCAGAGUCUUCAUCUUCCAUGGGAUCCUUCAGUUUUCAGGACCCAAUGCCCUACCUGGCGGCGGGGAUGAGGGCCGUUGUCCAGGAUUGCGUCAGUAAGAGCUUCACACCUGCAGAAUUGAGGACUUGGAAUAUGCUCUCCAGGACCAGGAGGAAACUUAGCCUUCGCAUGAGUCCAUCCCUAACGGUGUUCUGGGCGAUGGGGUUUGUGGUACGGUGGGUGUUCCUCAUGCCAGUGCGGGUGUUGCUGCUGGUUCUCAGUCUUACUACCUUGGUAGUCCUGUGCUCUGCAGUUGGUCUUCUUCCCACCAGCGACUUCAAGCGACGCCUCAACGCAGGUGUCGUCACCUGGUGUUUUGACUUUAUUGCUGGAUCACUCUCUGUUGUUUGCCAGGUAGGGAUACCAGUAUUUCACAACAGUGAGAACCGGCCCACCCAUGGCAUCGUAGUGGCCAACCAUACAUCACCUAUUGACUCCAUGGUACUGGCUACUGACCAGUGCUAUGACAUGGUGGGGCAGAAGACUAAAGGCAUCCUGGGAGUGUUCAUGAUGGCACUGUCCAGGUCUUCAUACCACAUCUGGUUCGACAGAUCAGAGGCCAUGGAAAGAUCCAGGGUCUCGAAAAU